AUGUCUUGGAUCGAGAUUUCGCGUCGCAAGCAAGAAGCACUGCGAAACUCGAUACCACCAGAAUGGCGACUGCCCGCGUCCAGAAUCGCCGACGCCGCUACGUGUCUUGACGUGUCGGGCCUUGUCUCGGCCGAACUCAGUUACAACGAGAGACUGAUCACACAGAGCGAUGUGGCGGAUAUUCUGACCUCGAUUGCGACAGGCGAAAUGACCUCUUUCGAAGUCAUGUCUGCCCAUUGUCACCGUGCAGCAGUAGCUCAUCAGCUGGUAAAUUGUUUGAGCGAGACCAACUUCGUAAGCGCUUGUGAGCAUGCGCGAAACCUGGAUGCUUAUUGGCGACUCAAUGGUUGUGUAAUGGGACCGUUACAUGGACUACCCAUAAGUGUUAUGGAUCGAUACGAUAUCGGAGGUCUCGAGAGCGCAUGCGGUUUCGUCAGUUGGCUCGGAUCUUUCAAGAAGGUUGAGGAUGAGGGCACUGUGGUGCAAAAGCUGCGUCAUCUUGGUGCUGUAGUGUUCUGCAAGACCAACGUACCCAUGAGCAUGAUGCUCGGUGAGACCACGAAUAACAUCGUCGGCUCGACGGUCAAUCCUUACAACAGCAAUUUUUCUGCUGGAGGGGCGUGUGGUGGUGAAGGCGCUUUAAUCGCACUCAGAGGCUCGCCAUUAGGCCUGGCCACCGACAUGGCUGGAUCGACUCGCAUCCCUGCUGCGUUUUGUGGGCUGUAUGGGAUGAAACUCUCCGAGGGAAGACUGCCAUCAGAUGGUAUCGAAAGUGUACUACCAGGAUUACCUGUCGGCUCCGGCUCGAUCGGUCUGAUCUCUCGAGACCCUCAGUCCAUUCAACAUGUCAUCAAGCUGCUCCUAGAUUCUGCUCCGUGGUCAUCAAAUUGUGAUGUUCUCGAGAUGCCCUGGCGGCAGGAAAAACUUGACGCCGUCCAUCAGCGCGCGACACCUAUGAGUGGUAGGCUUGUAUUCGCAAUGAUGAAGGAUGACGGUCAUUUGAUCCCCGAUCUUCCGACCAAGCAGGCUCUUACGACCACGGAACAAGCUUUGAAGCUUUGCGGUCACGAGAUCGUUGAGUGGAAGCCGCCAUCACACAAGAUUGCCACUGAGAUUCUAUUUCAACUAUUCGGUUCAACCUCCGCCAAGUGUAUUCGCGACGCAAUCGAUGCUAGCGGAGAACCACCAGUCGAUCAACUCAAGGAAUGGUAUCAUCAAACAGACUCGGGCUCAUUGCCAACUGAGGAUUUCUGGAAACUUUGUGAAGAGCUUCAAGGAUACAAGCGUUCUUACAUGAAGUAUUGGUUAGCCAUGGGUGCUAAGACCGCCUCUGGUCGAGCAGUAGAUGGAGUGAUAAUGCCUGUGUCGCCACAUGCUACUACCCAAGAAGGAACAGAUCGAUACUUCGGAUACACGGCGGUAGCCAAUGCGCUGGACCAUACAUCUUGCACUUUCCCAGUGACAGAUCAUAGUCAAGGACUUCCCGUAGGACUUCAGGUCAUGUGCGGGCGACUACAAGAAGAGAAAGUUCUUGCUCUAGUCCAAGCCAUCAAACAAUCUCUAGUACAGGCCUACAAUCACCGUGGUGAUUAG